AUGCCUCCAAUCCACAAGAGAAAGUUCGAGGAUUAUCACCCUGAGCUUCAUCAUUCUAGCAAUCCUGAGAAUCACGAAGUGGUAGGUUCAGUAAUCACUGCACCGAAGAAGCAAGCAUCUCAUGCGAGAGAUCUUCCGUUGGUUUCAAACAGUCAGAGAGCAUCUGAAGAUGAGCCGCCACAAGACAAUGGCUCCUUGUCCCACGCCUCAAAAGAAUGGCAGAUGGUUGACCGCAAGGAUAAGCGAAAGCCCAAGCGGAAGAAGGCUGGAGAUGAAAAGGGCCGGGUCAAGUAUCCUGAACUGACUUAUCACGCCAAUGUCACUGCCCCCAUACGUAUCGCUGACCUGCAGGCACUCGUUCUUUACGCCCUUGCCGAUGGAAUUGGUCCAAGCUGGGUUGCUUUUAAGAACGUCCGCCACACAAGGAAGGUAGUGGUGCUGAUGGUGCCUGGACUAGAGAGGGUGAUGUUCGAUGGUAGUAUGUCCAUUGAUGAAGGCUCAGACUCGGUUACCAGUUUCGGAGAGGAGGAGAGCAACGUCAACGAAUCCAGGUGGAGAGACGAUGGUUUCCGAGCCUGGAGGAGCGCCGUCCCAGCAAAAAGUUAUAAAGAAUGCAAUCCCAUGGAAAUCAAAGUGCAAUACCUUCCGAAAGCUCUGCAGCCUCUUGGUGCUAUUUUUGAGGACGUAUGGCAGGUGAAAGCGCCCGGUGACAGUCGAUAUGCCAAGCUACAUUCUCCAAUUCAAGCGAUGCUGAUUUCACCACUUCCCCAGUCCAGAGAGAACAAAUCCGUCAAGGGCCCAAAACCACCAGCAGAAGAGAAAGGGUGGCAAUCACAGCGAACGGCUAUUGCUGAUUUCAUCCAUACCGCAGAUGACCUCCGAGACGCAGAGUAUCCUCUCCAUCCCGCUGUCCUCGAUGGCGACGUCGAAGCAGCUUUGCUUGAGCAAGAGCGCCGAGCCAAGACCGGUCAAAAUGCUGCAUGUGGUUGGGUUGAUACCCGUGUCUCGAAAUUUUCGGAUGGUACCGUCUCAAGCAUAGCCACCCAGCAGGGCAGUAUCACUGCAGGCCGCACAGUAUAUGCAGUUGAUUGCGAGAUGGUCCUCACUUCCGACGACAAAUACUCCCUGGCGCGUAUCAGCAUAGUGGACUGGGACGGAACAACCGUUCUCGAUGAACUUGUGAAGCCCAGCUUGCCAAUCAAAAAUUACCUUACACAAUUUUCCGGCAUGACAAGUGCCAUCCUUGACCCAGUCCAGACCAGUCUUUCUGAAGUCCAAUCUGAGUUGCUUGACCUCUUUAAACCCCAAAGCAUCCUUCUUGGCCACAGUCUCGAAUCCGAUCUUACCGCCAUGAAGCUGACACAUCCUUUCAUCAUUGACACCUCGUUGAUCUACCCCCAUCCCCGCGGCCCUCCACUACGCUCAUCUCUUAAAUUCCUUGCGCAGAAGUACUUGCGGCGUGAGAUACAGCAGCAUGAUUCGAAAGGUCACAACAGUGUCGAGGAUGCUUUAGCCGUGCUCGAUCUGGUCAAACUGAAGUGUGAGAAAGGCCCAAAAUGGGGUACAUCGGAAGCCGCAGGGGAGCCCAUCUUCCGCCGCUUGGCCCGAAACACGAGAAAGGACGUGGGGGGAGUUGAAAGGGGCAUCACAAGCGCAAUGGUAGAUUAUGGAACUCCCGAGCGAGGUUAUGGCAAAGAGGCAACCGUACACAUUGGUUGUGAAAGCGAUGAGGAGAUUGUUAAGGCGGUGGCCCUGCCUGGAUGUGGCGUGGAUUUCAUUUGGGGAAGACUGAGAGAGCUCGAAAGUUUUCGUGGAUGGUGCAACAACAAUCGAGAGUACACGACCGUUGAUGAACUACAUGCUUCCCGACCACAGCAAGCUUCUGCGCCAGAUUCUGCGGCGACUGGGGGAGAGUCCGACCUUCCAGUACAUCCAGUAGAGAAUGAUUCCAUUACCGGCACUGCAAAAAAACCCAACCUCCGCGUCCGUUCCGAGAACCAGUCAUUGGGAUCACAUUCUACAACGCCGACUCUCCAAUCAACCAUUGCUUCGACCAGUUCCCACAUCCACGCAAUUCACGACGCCCUUCCUCCUUGCACCCUCUUUAUCGUCUACACUGGCACAGGUGAUCCACGUGAAGUCGGCCGGCUACAGAAGAUGCAACAGCAGUUUCGCAAGGAGUUCAAGGUCAAAAAAUGGGAUGAUCUGAGUGUGAAGUGGACGGACGAUGAAGAACAGGCUCUGAAGAGAGCUGUUGAAAGGGCAAGAGAAGGUAUGGCUCUGAUGUGCGUCAAAUGA